AUGUGCUACGAGAGAACUCGAGAAGGUGAAGCAGGCUGCCGCCUAAAUCUACGGGCGCGUCAAGUGAAUGACGCACGGCAAAUUGAGUCGCCGUUCACCACGAACAGCGGCCACCAAGCUGCCCCGGAGCUGGCCAUGAUCAUGGCAAAUCAAACUGCCAUCAUGGGCCAGCUGGCAGAACUGAAGCAGCAUAGAUUAACACUCCCGGCGCCGAUAGGGAAUACUUUCGGACCGGCGGAGCAAGCGAUGAUGACAGCACGGAGAGUGGCUGCGCUAGGGCUCGCGCCUAUCAGACCGGCGUCGCCACAUGAGUUGGUGCCGCGAGCACCGACCGAAAUGAUGGAGAUAGACGAGUGUGAAGAAGUGAGAUUGUGGGAAUGGUUUUUGCGGGGAUCGGGCGAUCCAAUGAUUGUGUUAAAUCCGAAUCACGCGUGA